AUGUGCUGGGGGCUGCAGGGAGGGGAGGGGGCUGCUCUGACCCCCACCCCUCGCGUUGCUCCCCUCCCAGGCAAGUACUACAUCGCCACCAUGACCAUGAUCACGGCCUCCACGUCUCUCACCAUCUUCAUCAUGAACAUCCACCACUGCGGGGCGGGGGCGCGGCCGGUGCCCCCCUGGGCCAGGCGCCUGAUCCUGCAGCACAUGGCGCGGCUCUGCCGUGUCCAGGACGUGGGCGACAGCUGCCGCGGCCCCCGGCGUGGGGCGGGCAGGGGGGACCCCGGCGGGACCCCCGCGGACGGGGAGGCUGAGGGGGACGGAGGGGGCUGCCCCCGGCAGCGCUGCCUGUGCCACCACCGCGGGCUGCUCAGGAACGUCGCCUACAUCAGCAGCUCCCUCCGGCGCCGCCGCAUCGCCCAGCGCCGCGCCGGAGACUGGAAGAAGGUGGCCAAGGUGAUGGAUCGCUUCUUCAUGUGGGUCUUCUUCCUCAUGGUCUUCCUCAUGAGCGUGCUGGUGCUGGGAAAAGCAGCCUGA